CUUCUCCUCCUCUUCCUCUCCCUCCCUUCUCCUCUUUCUUUUCUUUCCUUGUAACUCACUGACUGCUUCAGAACUUCUCCAUCUUUUCCCCCCUGUACACCUACUGCCCAUAUUUAUUUCACCCUCCCAUCACUCCCUUGGAGCUUAAUCUGCACAUUGUCCUUUAUCCCCAGCGCUAUCUCACACCAUGGAUGAGAUCGCCCCCGAGUAUGAUGUCGUGGUGCUCGGCACUGGUUUGACCGAGUGUGUGCUUUCUGGUGUUCUGAGUGUCAAGGGAAACAAGGUGCUUCACAUUGACCGCAAUGACCACUACGGAGGCGAGGCUGCCUCUGUCAACAUCGAGACUCUCUUUAAGAAGUACGGCAACGUUCGCCCCGGUGAGGAGCCCUGGAAGAAGUAUGGCCGCGCCAACGACUGGAAUAUCGAUCUGGUUCCCAAGCUGUUGAUGGCGAACGGCGAGUUGACCAACAUUCUGGUCUCCACCGAUGUCACGAGAUACCUAGAGUUCAAGCAGAUCGCCGGCAGCUACGUCCAGCAAGGAAAGGGUGCUAAGGCUACCGUCGCUAAGGUGCCCUCCGAUGCCAGUGAAGCUCUGCGCUCUUCCCUUAUGGGCAUGUUCGAGAAGCGGAGAGCUAAGAAGUUCUUGGAAUGGGUGGGCGAGUUCUCCGAGAGUGACCCUGCUACUCACCAAGGACUUAACAUUACCCAGUGCACGAUGAAGGAUGUAUAUGACAAGUUCAGCUUGGAAGAUAACACUCGCGACUUCAUUGGUCACUCCAUGGCUCUCUACCCUUCCGACGAAUACUUCCUCAAGCCCGGAGCGGCCCCCGAGACUAUCAACCGUAUCCGCUUGUAUGUCAAUUCCAUGGCUCGUUACGGCAAGUCGCCAUACAUCUACCCUCUUUACGGACUGGGUGAGCUUCCUCAGGGUUUCGCUCGUCUUUCUGCCAUCUACGGUGGUACCUACAUGCUUAACACCUCCGUUGAUGAGGUUCUUUACGAUGAGAGCGGCAAGGUGUCCGGUAUCAAGGCCACUAUGAAGGACCGUGACAACGAGGGUGACACCAUGAGCUUCACCACUAAGACGAAGAAGAUUCUCGCCGACCCCUCAUACUUCCCUGGCAAGGUCCGCGUCACCGGCCACCUGUUGAAGGCCAUCUGUAUCCUCAACCACCCCAUCGAUAAGACCGACGGCAGCGACUCGCUACAGCUGAUCAUUCCCCAGUCUCAGGUUGGAAGAAAGCACGACAUCUACAUUGCCAUGGUCUCUUCGGCGCACAACGUCUGCCCCAAGGGAUACUACAUCGCUAUUGUCUCGACCAUCGCCGAGAGUGAUGCGAACCACCACAUCGAAUUGGAGCCUGGCUUUGAGCGAUUGGGUAAGAUCGAGGAGACCUUCUUCGGUGCUCCCAUUCCUCUCUACGAGCCCAUCGAGAGUGGUGAGAAGGACAACAUCUUCAUCUCCAAGAGCUACGAUGCUACCUCUCACUUUGAGACCACAACAGAUGAUGUCCGGGACAUCUACCGUCGUGCGACGGGCGAAGAGUUGGUGGUCGAGGGUCUCCGGGAUGGCCAGAGACUUGCGGAGGAGUAGAUCUGCCUCCAACAUUUGCAUACUAGGGUAAAGUAAUUUUUCUUGUCGCUUCGGGUGCGCGUUUUUGAAUCGAGCCAUAAUUCCUCUUGGACUUACCUUCACACUCAUGAAACAUACCACAUAUUGCUCUUGGACUCCGUCCGCUCCCUUGAUCUCUGGCAUACCAUUAUUAAAGUAGGGACCGGAAUUUAUAUUUCUAUAUCGACCCGGCCUUGCAGGUGUCUGGUACUUCCACCUUGUGAAUAAGACUUGCCUUG